AUGGCCCAUAGAUUUCUGAUGGUGAACGUCAACCACUGCGCCAGAGCUCAGGACCUCUUACACCAGAGCAUGGCACAGUGGUCGACUCAAGUCUGCAUCGUGACGGAACCGUAUUUCGUCCACGAGCGGGAUAACUGGGCUGGUGACUCGAAUGACAAAGUCGCGAUUAUUACCAACCCAACAGCCGACUCUCCACCAUUUGGUGCAGUUCGGAGAGGUCAAGGCUGUGUAGCUGUUCUCGUCGGAGAGGUGGUGAUCGUGGGAGCAUAUUUCUCGCCAAACCGCUCCAUCGCCGAAUUUGAAGCGUUUUUGGCGGAAACUGAGACUUUGCUGUCUGGGUGGGGUCGUCCCCACCAUGUGAUAGUAGCUGGGGACCUAAAUGCCAAGUCGGUGGCGUGGGGCUCCCGCAUAACCGAUCUACGCGGCGAGUUAUUGGAGGACUGGCUGCUAGCCAACGGGCUAGUUGUGCUGAACCAGGGGACGGCCGAAACGUGUGUGCGGAUGCAGGGCGGGUCGGUUGUGGACGUGACGUUCGCGAGCCCCGCCCUGGCACGCCGUGUCCAAAGCUGGGAGGUGCUGGAAGAGGUCGAGACGCUGUCGGACCACAAGUACGUGCGUUUCGACAUCUUCCCCGAUCGACCGGCGCCUGUAGCUCAAGCCGUUCCCCGUUAG